AUUAACUGUGAACUAGAGGGCUCCUGGUUCAAAUUACACAUCCACCACACAUUCACUAUGUAAGCAGCCAGACUCACUCUCUUCCCUCAAACUUUCAAGAUGAUGAUAAUAUGGGGAUAGUUGAAUGGCAAAGUAGCCAUGGGAGACUGGAGUUUCCUGGGAGGAAUUUUAGAAGAAGUCCACAUGCACUCCACUACCAUUGGCAAAGUCUGGCUAACCAUCCUCUUUAUAUUCCGGAUGCUUGUUCUUGGCGUGGCAGCUGAAGAUGUCUGGAACGAUGAGCAGUCCGAAUUCAUCUGCAACACGCAGCAACCUGGCUGCAGGAAUAUGUGUUAUGACCACGCCUUCCCCAUCUCUCUCAUAAGAUACUGGGUUCUACAAGUCAUCUUUGUCUCCUCACCUUCCUUGGCCUACAUGGGUCAUGCCUUGUACCGAUUAAGAACGUUAGAAAAAGAACGGCAGAAGAGAAAAGCGCAGAUGAAAGCUGUACUGGAGGCAGCCGAAUUUGAAAUGACCGAAGAUCGUAAAAAGCUUGAGCGGGAAAUCCGACAACUGGAGCAAAGGAAGCUUAACAAGGCCCCCCUCCGGGGCUCGCUGCUCUACACUUAUGUGAUCCACAUUUUUAUUAGAUCUGCCCUGGAAACUGGCUUUAUGAUUGGCCAGUAUAUUUUGUAUGGCUUCCAACUGGACCCUCUGUACAAAUGUCGAAGCGCUCCUUGCCCAAACGCUGUCGACUGCUUCGUCUCAAGGCCGACGGAAAAGACCGUCUUCCUCGUCUUCAUGCAGUCCAUAGCAGUCGUUUCUUUAUGCCUCAACCUCCUGGAGCUUCUGCACUUGGUUUUCAAAAGAGCGCGAAAGGGGAUCUACAGGAGGAGAGACGAGGUGGGCCAAGCCUACGCCGGCGACGCCCUGAGGAACGGGCUCGAGAUGCUGCGACGCGCCGGCACAGCGGGGGCACCACCGAGACUCUCGCCUCCCACUCCCAGCUGGCUCCUGGAAAACCAAACGGGGCCGGCGCCGCUUUGUCACGCGGAGGGCCGCCAUGAGCGCGGCGGGCCUGGGUCGCCCUCGAGGGGGCUGCGGCCUCACAACAGCAGCAGCUCCAACAACAACGAGGUGGCGCUGCAGGGAGCCGAGGCGGCCGCCUCUGACGCGCCCCUCGCCGGCCUGAAGGGAGGCGGCCCGUCAAGCCCAUCGACCCGCCUCACAGAGCAGCGGAGGCCGCGCCACGAUUCAGCCGGCGGCAGGAGCGCCGCUCCGGACCUCUGCGUCUGA